UUAACAUCCCUGCGCACAUUAGGGUUUCUAUCCCUCGCUUUAACUUUCCUUCUUUCUUCUUCUUUCUUCUUCUCAGUCGAUUAAUCCUGAGCUCACUUGCGAUUUCAGUUUUAAUCAUGUUCUCGUAGUCCGUUUGGAUUUGUAUACGUACAUGUAUACGUAUCGGUACACAAUAUAUCACAUGGAGAUCGAUUGGUGCCACGAUUAAUCUCAAAGACAGAAAUGGCUGACAAUAGCAUUUGCUAAACCCCCCUGACAAAGACUACAAUGUCUGAAGAGGCUGGGCAGAUGAUGCUGGUUUAUGACGAUCCCUCAGAUCAAAGGUCCAUAUCACUUGAUGAAGCAAGCAGUUCCGAGGAAUCUCCAGAUGAGACCAGACUGUCCUUGGAGACAACAAAUGAUGCAGUUCCAUAUAUUGGUCAAAGAUUUGUAACUCAUGAUGCUGCUUAUGAGUUCUAUAGUGAAUUUGCAAAGCGCUGUGGGUUUUCAAUCAGGCGCCACCGAACAGAGGGCAAGGAUGGCGUUGGGAAAGGUCUCACAAGGCGUUACUUUGUGUGCCAUCGUGCAGGAAAUACUCCCACCAAAAAUUCAAAUGACAGUAAACCACAAAGAAAUAGAAAAUCGUCUCGGUGUGGAUGUCAAGCAUACAUGCGUAUAAGCAAGUCAACUGAAUUUGGAGUACCUGAAUGGCGAGUCACUGGAUUUGCAAAUCACCACAACCAUGAACUUCUUGAACCAAAUCAAGUGCGUUUUCUUCCUGCAUAUCGCACAAUUUCGGAAUCUGACAAGAACCGAAUUCUCAUGUUUGCCAAGACUGGAAUUUCAGUGCAACAAAUGAUGAGGCUGCUUGAACUUGAAAAAUGCAUUGAGCCUGGAUAUCUUCCAUUUACUGAGAAAGAUGUUCGGAAUUUGCUACAGUCUUUCAGAAAAGUAGAUCCUGAGGAUGAGAGCAUAGAUUUACUUAAAAUGUGCAGAAAUAUUAGGGAUAAAGAUCCCAAUUUUAAGUUUGAGUUUACACUUGAUUCUAGUGGGAGAUUGGAGAAUAUAGCUUGGUCAUAUGCCUCAUCUAUCCAGUCAUAUGAAAUUUUUGGUGAUGCUGUGGUCUUUGAUACAACACAUCGAUUGACUGCUUUUGACAUGCCUGUUGGAAUAUGGGUAGGAAUGAACAAUUAUGGUAUGCCCUGCUUCUUUGGCUGCGUACUUCUUCGUGAGGAAAAUUUGAGGUCAUUUUCCUGGGCGUUGAAGGCUUUCUUAGGAUUUAUGAAUGGGAAAGCUCCCCAAACAAUAUUGACCGACCAAAAUAUGUGCUUAAAAGAAGCAAUAGGAAUGGAGAUGCCAACCACCAAACAUGCACUUUGCAUAUGGCUUACUGUGGCGAAAUUCCCUUCAUGGUUCAAUGCUGUUCUUGGAGAACGGUAUAAUGACUGGAAGGCUGAGUUCUAUCGACUCUAUAACCUGGAAACCAUUGAAGAUUUUGAACUGGGUUGGAGAGAUAUGGUGAAUUCUUUUGGUCUGCACACAAACAGGCAUAUAGCUAGUUUGUAUGCCUUGCGACAUCUUUGGGCGCUUCCAUACUUGAGAAGCCACUUUUUUGCAGGAUUGACCACUCCUGGCCAGUCAAAAUCAAUAAAUGCUUUUAUUCAACGGUUUUUAAGUGCCCAGACUCGACUUGCACAGUUCGUAGAACAAGUAGCUGUAGCUGUGGAUUUCAAGGAUCAAGCUGGAGAGCAACAGACGAUGCAGCAAAAUAUCCAAAACAUUAGCCUGAAAACAGGAGCUCCAAUGGAAUCACAUGCUGCCUCAGUUCUCACACCUUUUGCUUUCUCAAAGCUCCAAGAACAACUUGUUAUGGCUGCCCAUUACGCGUCAUAUCAGAUGGAAGACUGUUUCCUUGUCAGGCACCAUACAAAGCUCGAAGGAGGUCGAAAAGUGUAUUGGGUUCCACGGGAAGGGAUCAUCAGUUGCAGCUGCCACCAAUUUGAGUUCUCUGGAAUCCUCUGUAGGCAUGCUCUCCGAGUUCUAUCAACUGGGAAUUGCUUCCAAAUUCCAGAAAGGUAUCUUCCCCUACGCUGGCGGCGAAGCAUGCCUCUCAACAGACAUCUUCACGCUCCCCGGAACGAUCAUACGGAGAGGAUGCAGCUGUUGCAGAGCAUGGUAUCAAGUCUUGUAACAGAAUCUGCGAAAUCAAAAGAACGGUUAGAUCUGGCAACGGAGCAUGUGUCUGUUCUUCUAUCUCGAAUUAGGGAACAGCCAGUUUCGAGUCUGAGUAUGAGGGAACUCUCCUCCACACAUCGAACACUUGCUUAAAAGAAGAUAUAUAUGGCAAUGACACAAAGGUCCAUUUCCAGAAAACUUUGUAGAGUAUUAAUCGGAACUAGUCAUUGUAAAAGGCUAGAACUUUCCGUGAGUUCAUCACAUUUCUACUACUACUAUUAUUUAAAGAAAUUAUACUUAUUUGUCUCUGCCUGAA